AAUGGUGGAUUAUUAUAUGGUGGAAUAUGUUCAUGAAAUCAAAUGUGUAUUUCGUGAAGUAUAUUAAUACUCAACUUACAUUAAAAGUGACUUAAAAUGUGUAGGAUAAAUCUAAUAAAACCUUAACUACUCAUUGAAAAGUUAUAUUAGAGCCUUUAGUUCAAAAGAAAUACUCUUAUUUGGAUUAAUAAUAAACUUAAAAACUUUUCUUAACUAAACGAGUGUUGGGUAAAAGGAGAGUUACAGUGAACUAAACAAUAUAUGGCUUAAAUUCCAUAUGGCCGAAAGGAUCGAUAUAAAUGAGAACUAUGUUAAAAUAUUUAUGGACUUUCAUUACUCUUCGACAUUUGGAAAUCACCUUCUUGAAUAAUCUACCGUAACCAAUUAACUAAUGGUCGUGAUUCAGACCAAUACACACGACAAUGUUAUGGAUGUAAUUCAGUCAGAUAAUAAAGAAGAAAUCAAUACUCAUUCUAAUAAUUCUAGAUUUAAUGAUUCCAAUCACUGUUUAUCUACUGCCAAUUCAUCCAGUCAAAAUUAUUCUACAAAUGGCUUAGACAAUCAAAUAUUGAUUGAUAACAAAAAUACAUUGAGUUCGCUUACAAACAAUAAUGAAGAAUUAUUAAUUGAUGGGUUAUAUAAACGAAGACAACUGUUGUUACAACGUUUAUCUGUAGAAAUACAGAAAUAUGAACAAUUAUGUUGGGAUGAAAUGGCGAUCACUGGAACCGUCUUGGAUGAAUCAAAUUUUCUCUCCGAUCAUUUCAAUAUUCGAUGUAAUAGUGAAACAAGAAACCCAAUAGUAUCCACUCCACAUAAAGUAUUAGAUCAUCCUAAUAGUUCUUCAGUUGCAAAUAGAUCUAGAGGUAUAGCAGCACGGUUAAGGUUUCGUAAUUCACGUAGAUCAAAGAGUGCUCAUGAUAGAAUUCCUGAAUCUCCUCAAAGAUCAUUUCAUAUGAGGAACAAAACUGAUUUAUCACCUACUAGAAAUUCACUUACAGAUAAUCUAAUGGAUGAUAAUUCAGAAUCAAAAAAAUCAUGGAAAUGGUGGCGGUUAAAUAAAGAUAAUGAAUUAUUUAAUAAUGUGCGUCGACGACAAUCGAUAGGAAUAAUUGCAGAACAAUAUUUACGAUAUUUUACAAAUGACAAAAAUGGACAUUCACGUGGUAGUAGUCUACCACCAACUGAUAAUAACAACAAUAAUAUUUCUAAAAAUGAAGAAAAAAUACCAUCGGAAAAUCAAAAAUUAAAUGUUAGAAAUUCACUUCAACAAGAAGAUAUUCUGAACAACUUAAAUGUUCAUCAUCAAAACAAUGGUGAAUGUAGUCAUGUUAAAACAUAUCCACCGACUCAUGAUGGUCACCUGAUUUUUCAUCAUCAACCUUUUCAUCAGGAUCAAGUGAAGCAACAUCAACAACAACCUCAGUAUCAAUUAAAUGGAAAUUUUGUUCAUCAUGACUCAUGCAUUCUAAUGCCAACAUAUGUGCCUGCAAAUGACUUGCAACGAAUAAAUUGUAGUCAUCAAAGAAUUCGUCAUUUUAGUGGACAUCAGAUAAAUGAGCCUAUCUUCUAUAAUAAUCGAAAUAACCAGUUAAUGAGUGGAUAUAUUAAUCAGAAUCAUUUUGAUUCUUCCUACAAUCAUCUUCAAACCACGAACAAUAUCAAAAAGCAAUCUUCUCAAACAAAUAAGAUUUUAAAUAAUCAUCACGUUUUCUAUCGAUCCCCUACCUCGUCAUCAACCUCGUAUACAUCUCAAACAAAAAAUCCUAAUGUACUUGAACAUGUACCAAGUGCAUACUUUUAUUCUCUUCAGAGAAGGAAUCAUUCUUCAUCAAAUACAAAAGAACAUUCAUUUGAAGCACCAUGUAGUGUUUCUAUUGUCAGUGGUGGCAGUAUGACUCCAUUUGUUGUUAAUCCUUCUCCACGAGUCACUACUACUACUGCUACUACUUCAACUAACAUUAUAUCCACUUUAUCUUCGAUCGCACCACCGAUACCUCCAAGAGUACAUGGUCGUAGACCGAUUGUCUCGAAAAAUGGUACAAAAUUGAUAGAAGAAAAUGUUUCAUCGUAUAUGAUCGACAAAAAAUUACUUGAUAUGAACAAAUUACAGUUUAGAGAAACUAAUAAAAGUAUUGCAAAUAUCACUACACCUACUAAUACUACUUAUACUAAUAAUAUGUGUAAACCAGUAGUAAAAAUAGCUGAAACCGCUAUGAAUUUGUUACAAUGUAGCUCACGAUGUUUCGAUGGAGGUGAUCAACAUCCUUAUUUUAAUUGUAUGAAUAAUCAACAGCAUUAUGUAAAAGCUAAUAUUUUGUCGAAUAAUCAAAUUAAAGACAAAGUACCAUCAAAUCAUUCAGAUAAUGGUUUUCAUAAAUCUUCAGAUCUAAAGUCUAUUAUACAUUACCAUCAUCAACAACAACAACCUCCUUUAAAAUCAAUCAAUCAUCAAUUGGCUUCAAAUAAUCACGAAAUUAAAUUAGUUAUGUGUAAUGAAGGACGUACAAUGGUAAACAGAAGCGAUAUGUUUAAAUCUCAUCAAAAUAACUUUUCAAAUUCUAAUAAUCAUGUCAAUAUAAAUCAAAUGAAUAAUCAAAAUCACAAUGGAAUAUCCGUUAAAAAUGAUCUUUUGAAUACAAUGAACAUCAAGUUACAAACAUCUCAUCCAACUACGAAACCUCAUAAUCAGUUAAUGUACAAAACUAAUCUUGGUAAUAAUAUAAAUAAAAAUAAUGAGCCUGUACAUUUUUAUCAACCAAAUUCAACCAGAUAUACAAUUAAUUCUCCUAAAGCAAUUGCAAAUGGAUUUAAAAUUUCUCAACCGAUUUCAUCAUCUAAUCAUAUGAAUAUAUCAUCAUCAUUAUGUAAUACUACAAUAAAUCAUUCUGCUGGAUGGGAAAUUAAUUUAGGUUGUAUAAAUAAUAAAUCAUUGCCUACACGUUAUUUAAUUCCUGUAGAUUCAAAUAAAUAUCGGCGACCGAUACGUGAACCCUUUGAUAUAUCUAGUCAAAAUCAAUCAUUUGCUUUAAAUCAGUCUCAUAUUAUACACUAUCCUAAAACAAUUCCUAAUUCAUGUUACUUAACAAACAAUAACCUCUCAUAUUACAAAUGUCCAAAUGAAUCAAUUCAACAAAGUACCAUGAUAAGUAAGACAAAAACUAAUGAUGCAACUGGUAUUCAUCGUUAAAAUCAUUCUUUUCAUUAAUUAGUAUCAAUCAAGAAUAUUAUGAUGGAACGUCAUUACUGUUCUUAUUAUUUAAUCAUUCAAGUUCGUGGCUGUGUGUACAUAAUUUAAUCUAGAUGUUUUCAACUUUAACACAAGAGAUAACAAACGAAAUAUUUUCUUCUUUUCAUAACAUUUUUAAAUAGUAUUAUAUUGAAAAUUCUUUCUUUUAUUCACUUCCUUCAUAUUUUGUAAAUUCAUAAAUGUUGCUGUUCUUACCUUUGAUCCAAGUUGUUAAAUAAAUUUUAAAUAUUAUUUUACACUACUGUAAUAAAAUGAGUAGUUCAAUUCUUCUCAAAUAAUAUUUACACUUUUAUAUCCUACAUCGACGAAUCUACUUGUGUUUCUUUAUCUAAUUUGAAAAAAAAAACAAUCUCAAUAUUGUCACCUUUCGCAUACAUUAUAAUUUCAUUAUUGAUUUUCUGUUUACUUCGUUUUCGUUAUUUUUUCUCUCCUUCUCUCUUUCUCUUUCUUGUAAAUUAUCCAUCGAUAAUUGUUAUCGCGUAUCUAUCUAUCUAUCUAUCUAUCUAUCUAUCUAUCUAUCUAUCUAUCUAUCUAUCUAUCUAUCUAUCUAUCUAGUUGAAAUAAUAAAAAAGAGUGAAAAACUAGUUUGUUAAAAUAUAUCAAUUUAUUGUUCAUUGAACUUUAAUCCAGGAUUAUUGAAAUACAAUUUAACCAUUGAACUUAAGAGUUUAUCAACCAGAAUCAUUUUUCAACUUAUUAACAAUAGUCAAUAAAUUAAAUAAAUAAUAAUUGUUUACUUUCAUAUAUAUAUAUAUAAUUGCUAUUUAUCAAAUAUAAUAUUAUACAUGAGGC